CGAGGAAGUCCAACGGAGGCGAGCUCUCAAUUUUCGUAAAAAAUAACUCUGUGAAAACAUUGUAAAGGUAAAACUGAGUGAUUCGGGCACUUAAUACUAUAAAGAUGAACGGGCAAAUUGGAGCAGAUGGACAGGACCUACUGCUGGCAGCUUUGUCUGAGAGCGGACUCGCAUUUGAUGAUUUCCCUACCAUUGAUCUCAACGAUCAAAAUGAUUUUGAUCUCGGCCUUUUGGGGCCACCAGACCCUGGAGGGUCUGAAGUCACUAACCAGUUCUCAUCCGGUAUUGCUGCAAACCCAGGGACUGAUCCAUUACUUGCAAUGCUUCAACAACCAACAACUAUGGCUAAUACAUCCACGCAACAGCUUGCCCAACCAGCCCAUACAUUCACCCAGCACCAGACGUCGAUGGGUACCAACGCUGGCAUCAUGUACGUCAUGAACAGGAACCGCAGCUGGACGCCGUUAUCCACGACCCCGUCGGCCCCGACGCAGACCGGUAACACCAAACCGAGCUUCUUUCAGACAAUCGCAUCACCAAAACCCGCACCCACUGUCAAGAACCCAAGCGUGAUGAGCGUAACACCAACUCUAAAUAGGCCCAGUCCUAUGGUCAGGAACAAGACUGCGCCCGCAGAGCUGAGCGCUCUGCUUAACAGUAUCCCAAGCACGAGCAGCACGGUGUUGAACAAUUUUAAAGCAGCGCCACCGAAACCCGUUGGGAACGGAGUCGCGUCAAUCCAGAAGGAGCUGACACACAAAGACGUUUCAAGGCUGUGGUCUAAUGAGGAUCUGAAGCUGGGUAAUAUCACGCCCAAAAGCAAGAGACCGGCAGAAGAAGACAUAGAUGAUGAAGAGGAAGAGAACAUGGGUCAUGCUGAGACCUAUGCCAACUACAUGCCAAGCAAGUUGAAGAUCGGCUUAGCGCAUCCAGACCCCGUUGUAGAGACCAGCUCCAUGGCCAGCGUGCAGCCGCCCAACGUUUACUACAGACUCAGCAUAUCGGAGGAGGUGAUCGACCGCAGACAGCUCUCCGCUCUACAGUUGGAGUCUAUUACCUAUGCCUGCCAGCAGCAUGAGACUAUGCUGUUGAAUGGAGAGAGGGCAGGCUAUCUCAUCGGUGAUGGGGCCGGUGUAGGCAAGGGUAGAACCAUAGCUGGCAUCAUCCAUGAAAACUACAUGCUGGGGAGAAAGAGAUCCAUCUGGUUCAGUGUUUCCAACGAUCUUAAAUAUGAUGCCAUGAGAGAUCUGAAGGACAUUGGUGCUAGCAUCCCUGUACAUUCCCUUAACAAGUUCAAGUACGUCAAGAUCAAUUCCCAAUCCAACGGCUACGUCAAGAAGGGGGUGAUCUUCGCAACGUACUCAUCUCUGAUCGGUGAGAGCCAGGCUAAACACAAUUACCACUCGAGGCUCAAACAGCUGUUGCACUGGUGUGGAAAAGAGUUUGAUGGUGUGUUAAUCUUUGAUGAGUGCCACAAAGCCAAGAACCUGGUUCCGGUGGGAUCGUCUAAGCCCACCAAGACCGGACGGACAGUACUGGAAUUGCAGAAUAUGCUGCCUAAGGCUAGGGUCGUCUACUGCAGCGCAACAGGUGCUUCCGAACCGAGGAACAUGGCGUACAUGUCAAGGCUCGGGAUCUGGGGAAAAGGAACGCCGUUCAUCGACUUCAACGCCUUCAUCCAGGCAGUGGAAAGAAGGGGUGUCGGUGCCAUGGAGAUUGUUGCCAUGGAUAUGAAGCUUCGGGGUAUGUACAUAGCGAGGCAACUGAGUUUCCAGGGCGUGACCUUCAACGUCAACGAGGUGGUUCUCACUCAGGAGUUCAAGAAAAUCUACAACAAGGCCGUCAGACUGUGGUUAGCCGCAAGGGAGAGGUUCAUGAAAGCUGCUGAUCUGAUUGGUGCAGAGCAACGCAUGCGCAAGUCCAUGUGGGGGCAGUUCUGGUCAGCCCACCAGCGUUUCUUUAAGUAUCUCUGCAUCGCGUCCAAGGUGAAGCAUGCAGUCCAGCUAGCCAAGGAUGCUGUCAAGAUUGGAAAGUGUGUGGUUAUUGGGCUUCAGUCCACUGGAGAGGCUCGGACUCUAGAUGCAUUGGAAGAGGCUGGUGGAGAACUCAAUGAUUUUGUUUCAACUGCAAAGAGUGUGUUCAGCUCGUUAAUUGAGAAGCAUUUCCCAGCUCCAAAUCGGAAGAAGACGGCCGACAUGCUUGGUCUGAACAGUCGUAGUGGAGCAAGCAGUCCAGCCUGGAGUGAUAGCAGUAGAGGUGCAAAGAGAAAGAGAGAUAAAUUGACCAACGGACUGAAGCCCAAGCAAGCCAAGCAUUGGUGGGAGGAAGACAGUAAAGAGAGCAGCAGUCCCAGCAACGGCACAAGCACUGCGGCAGAGAGUGACGACAGCAUCACCCUGCUGUUGUCUAGCGACAGCGAAGAUGAGGACGGCUCGUCGUCGCGGGCGUCGUCAAAUGACGAGGACGACUUCAAUCCGUUUGGAGACAACUCUGAUGAUGACCCCUGGUUGACUCGGAAGACCAAAGACAAAGCCAAGAAGGCCAAGAAGAAGACGAAGAAGAAGAAAAAGGAUGUCAAUACGUUGUCCCAGACAUUGAAGAUGGACCAUGAGGAAAGGAUGAGCAACGCACUCUAUGCAGCUGGUAUCAUUCCAAAACCCAAAGCAGCACCGACAGCUGAUAUCAUGUCCUCUAUACCUGCAGCAACCAACUCGAUGCUCCUUCCGGGCAUGGAUUCCUACGAGCGAGCCAUCUUAAUGAAGCAGGAACUAUUGGACAUGUGUGAAGAGGUGGGACCUUUCCUUCCUAAUAACACCCUGGAUGAGCUCAUCGAUGAGCUAGGCGGACCACAAAACGUUGCCGAGAUGACGGGCCGUAAAGGUCGGGUAGUUUUCAAUGAACGAGGUUAUGUACAUUACGAGUCCCGCAGUGAGUAUGACAUACCGCUGGAAACCCUGAACCUGACUGAAAAGAAGAGAUUCAUGGAUGGAGAAAAGCUUAUAGCUAUCAUCUCCGAGGCGGCGAGUUCAGGUAUCUCACUGCAGGCCGAUAAACGGGUACCGAAUCAGCGGCGUCGGGUUCACAUCACACUAGAGCUUCCAUGGAGUGCUGACCGGGCAAUACAACAAUUCGGUCGAACGCAUCGAUCCAACCAAGUACAUGCGCCGGAGUACGUCUUUCUUAUCUCGGAGCUCGCUGGGGAGAGACGGUUUGCCUCCAUCGUCGCUAAGAGACUAGAAAGCAUGGGUGCCUUAACACACGGUGACAGAAGAGCGACAGAGUCGAGAGACCUAAGCAAGUUUAACAUUGACACCAAGUACGGCAGAGCAGCGCUGGAGUCUAUCAUGAAAUCCAUUGUCGAUCUGCAGACUCCAAUGGUGCCACCUCCUGCUGGGUAUAAUGGUCCCUUCCUAAAAGAUGCCCAGGCGGCCUUGGUUGGUGUAGGCUUGAUUCAGGUGGAUGAGAGAUACAACGUAACAGUACUAGAUAAAGAUUACAACAACAUGUCUAAAUUCCUGAACCGCAUCCUUGGGAUGGAGGUUGAGAUGCAAAAUCACCUGUUUGCCUACUUCACGACCACCCUAGAGGCGAUUAUACAGCAGGCAAGACGAGACGGAAAGUACGACAUGGGAAUCCUAGAUAUUGGAUCCGUGUCCGAAGGUCAGAAGGUCAGGAAGCUUCAGACACAGACGUUCGUUCGAACCUUCUCAACGGGGAUUGUUCACACUGAACUUCACAAGGUGAGUCAGGAGAGAGGAAUGUCGUGGGACAGUGCAAUGGACAUAUGGAGCGCCCUCGCUAAGCCUGAGGAAGGAUUCUACGUCACAUCACAGCUGUCGAGCAACAAGAAGACGGCAAUCUUAGUGAAGUAUGGAUCAACGACCCACGCCAUUAAGAAACAAUUAGUGAAUGUCUUCAAACCAAACAUUGGCAUGCAGGUUAAGAUGGAGAGCCUGGUUGAUAUAAGGAAGAAGUAUCGUAAAGUGAUGAUUCCAGACGAGGCUCGGAUGUUUUGGGAGGCUCAAUACAGUGCAGCGGAGAUCCUAUGUGUACAUGCAUACUGGAGAGACUCGUGCAAGCGUGUCCUAGCCGGCCUCCCCUGUGAGAUUGGUCUCAGAAGACGCACCCAUUAUGUCCUCUCCGGCUCUGUCCUGAGUGUGUGGGACAAGAUUGAGAAGAUCUUGGCAUUGCAGCCGGGACCCGCCUCAAAGAUGCAGAUAUUCCGUCUGAGGACAGACGAUGGAUCCAAGAUUGUUGGAAUACUAAUUCCUAGCAACUGUAUCACUGCUGUACGCAAGUCCCUCUUAGAAGAUGCCACGACUUAUGUUGACAACUUUGACGAUUCCGCUGAAGUCAUUACAAUAGACUGAGUGGCUACUGAGAGUCCACUGUAGACAGCUAUGAGACCAGUCCACUAGUGCAUCCACACCACGAAACACCGCGUUGUCUAGUCUGCACGUACUGUUCCAGGUUAGCAGCCUUAUUGGAGAUGGAGGUAUUGGGGACCCACUGUACACGAUACUCGAGACGUACCUCACAUGAGACACCGCAAAUAAAUUCAACGGCUUGUGGUGUGUGUUAUUCUUUGUGACAAGACACCCGUUGUUACAUAUCAAGGCACACCACAAGACACCACAACGCCUUGUCGCGUGUGUUCUUCCUUGUAACGGGGGGGG